AUGUCGACAGCAACUUCCAACCAAGUGUCGAAUAUAGAUCGAGACCUGGCUAUUGCUCUGGCGGAGGAGAACUUUGACGACCCUUUCUUAAACCAGCUUUCUGGCCCUGAUCAUCUGGACUCAAUAUCUGGACUACAUCAGACACCGGGCUAUUUUUCUGCAUCUCCGAACUAUCCCAGCUCUUAUCAACAGAACCAACCGGGCUCUUCCGUAAAUCCGAGUGACCUAACAUCUCCAUCAUCCCAGUUGGACUUCUUGAGCUCUACAGAUCAGACUGAGAACGGGCUGAGCGAUUUCACGCGUUUUACGUCGCCCGAAUUCGACACCUCUUUCUUUCCUGCUACUGACUCUCGCUUGAAGUCAGAACUGGUCGACGAUAGCAACGUUUUCUGGGUUAACCCUCAUGAUAUCGACAAGAAAUCACCCGGAGGAACUACCUAUACUCCGCAGAAAAGAUAUGCUGGGGCUGGAACAGGCGCUUCGCAGUUACUGAGCCCUGUGCCAACCAAUACGCCGAGCCCCAUCAUUAACCCACAGUUCGACCAGCGCGGACAACACUCGGCCAACGAUCACACGGCUACUUCCCCUCUGUCAAUGACCGGCGACCGGCAACCCCGGGCUGGCGCCGUGCCCGCUAAUAAUCCCCCGACGCUCAUUACCCCCAAUAACGGUACUAACUCGCAAAUGGCAAAUAAUUUGGGCAACAUGGAUCACCAGGCAAGCCCCAUUGUAAAAGUGUCGAGCUUCUCCCGCGGCGAUUCGCCUUCGAGGGCUGGUAACCAGCUAGAUGGCUUGAAGGGCCGUCAAACCACAUUAGACUCUGGCCACCUUUCUCCGGCAAGAGAGACCCGAGAAACCUUUUUUGAUAGCGACGAUGAUGACGAGGAAGAUAAUGGCGAUCAGCAAAAGAAGCCCUUCUCGAUUCCCCCUCCUGCAAGACGGCUCGAUGACGGCAGUUGGUCCCGAAAUCCCACUACCGGACAAGGUGGAUUGGACCCGGCGGCAAGAGAAGAUGUUUACGUCCCGAAUCUAAAAGAAAUAGCUGCGCAGCGAGAGAGGGACGAGCGGAAUGCUGAGGUUGCACAGUGGCUGACACAUAGCGACGCAAAUAGCGAAGUUGAAGAUAAUAAGCUUUUCAGCUUCCGGUCUCGACGCAAAAACAAGUCUGAGAAGAACAAACGGCGAGCCAAGAGUGCCGGUGACCCGUUCCUGGGCGUCCAAGACGGUUUCAGUUCCAGAUUUGCAUAUCAACCGUUUGAUGAUUCAGCGAUUCCAGGCCCAGGAGUGCUUAUCGAUGAGGAGAGUGGUAUGGAGGACGACGAAGACGAAUCUUCGGCAGCAUCAUCCAGCGGGCCCGAAUCACCGCCUGCCAGUGUCCAUCCCGAUUUGGUGGAUGACGAUGAAUAUAAUGCUCCUACAACUAUCCCCGAUGCCGAGCUCGAGCCCUUACCAUCUCAAUUCAUUCGUGCUCGACCAUGGCAAGAUUCUAUACGGAAUACCCGCGCCGGGACCUCGAAGUUCCAGCCAACAACCUCCAAUGCUGCCAUCAUGCGCUUUUUGAAACGCGCCGACAGCACAGAUACCGCUUCACGCGCUGCUACUUGGGGGACACGCGGUCCAAGUGAAUGCGACGUUGAGAGCAUCAUUGGCCCGAACGGUCGGUUUAGCACUAUCCGAAUUAGCGAAAAGAAAAAGGACAAGCCUAUGAGAAGGAACAGCCUGCUUGAGCACGCUAGGGGUUUAUUGCCAAAACGAAGCAAUAGCAGCUCAAAACGAAAACACCAAAUGGAUCUAAACCUACAUCCACAACGGAGCCUAACACCAGAGCAGCCGCCAACGUCUUCGUCUGAUGGCGCUGCACAAAGUACUCACUCUCUUGUACCUCAGCGCAAACCUAGCUUUAAUAAAGGUAAUAAACACCACACGGGCGGCGCCAUACUUGCCAUGACUGGACAGAUGGCUACCGUUGGCCGCACCGGCGGUGUUGGCGUUCCAUCCCCAGCCGCACCAUCUUCUACUACGCCCUGGGGCCAUAUGAGACGACGAAGCCGCAGCAAAAGCGACCUCACAAACCGUGAAGGCCCAGGAGGAUUGCUCGACCUCAUCGGCACCCAUGGAGGACCACCGAUCCCUACAUUAGCGUCCCCAAAGCAAGAGAAGGGACCAAGUGCCAGCCCUAUACCUUCAAAGUCCCCUCAGGACAGACAUGAUGAUAACGACCUUGAUGCCGAUGACGACGAGGAUGAUAUGGGACAUGAGAACGGGGUUACAAUGGAUUUUGCGAUUCGGGCGGAUCCAAUUGUACCAACUCUUGAGGGAUUCAAAACGCACGUUAGACAACUAAACCCUCGACUACAACCAGCUUUAAUUGAGCGGAUUGCCCAGGAGCAAGUGCGGCGGUAUAAGAGAUUGGUAGAGCUCAGACUGAAACACACGCAAAAUGUUAAUAAGAAUAGCUGCAGUGCGGGCAAACACUGCUUUGCACAAGGAGGCGAAGCCAUCAUGUUACCACCGCGAACCAGUCCCAAAGACCCCGAGUCUACUUACGCUCAGUUCCAAGUUCCCGGCACCGCAGUCACGCCCGAAGAUCUGGCUAGCUUUGGUGAAGGUGCCAUUACACCAGCUCUAUUCCCACCAGGCGUUCCUCUACCACCUGUCCGACGCCUUCCAGCCGAGUUUGAAUGUUCAUUGUGCUUUAAAGUAAGGAAGUUUUUGAAACCUUCCGAUUGGACAAAACAUGUCCACGAGGAUGUCCAGCCUUUUACUUGCACGUUCCCGGACUGUACAGAACCGAAGUCAUUCAAGCGCAAAGCCGACUGGGUGAGACAUGAAAGUGAGCGACAUCGACACCUUGAGUGGUGGACAUGCAACAUGCCAGACUGCUCCCACACGUGUUUCCGCAAGGAUAACUUUGUGCAGCAUCUCGUUCGAGAGCAUAAGAUGCCCGAACCCAAGGUGAAGGCAACAAAAACGAGGGGCAAAGCCCAAGCACAAGAUGGCACCGCUGAGAUCCAGGAUGCAGCAUCCCAUGCACAAGCUGUCGAGCAAGUAUGGAAAUUAGUCGAGGUAUGCCGUCAGGUUACGACUAAACAACCAACUGACGAGGCAUGCCGGUUCUGCGGCAAUGUGUGCAAUAGCUGGAAGAAAUUAACAGUUCACAUGGCUAAGCAUAUGGAGCAGAUUGCAAUGCCUGUCCUGGAACUGGUUAAUGAGAAAACUUCUACUGGAGGCGGCAUUAGCCCUUUGGCCCAGGGAGUGAUGACACCGCAAUCUCAAACCAACAUGCGGACUCCAACUAGCCACACAAACCACAGUGUAGAACCUAGCCAUACUACUCGUGUUCAGAAGCCUAUAACCUAUGGGACCAGCGCACUUCUCACCGAGGCCUUUGGGCUUCCUCGCGAGCCAGUGCCUAAGGAGGUCCCCCAGCAACAAGCCCCUGAAUAUGCGGCCUUGUCGCGAGCCAAUCUGAAGCAACAGCAGUAUGCCGUCGGACGAUCUUUCACUUUGUCCCCAUACCUCCAAGCCCAGCAACAAUACCAUCAACACCAGAGUCACAACCAUAAACAGUACACCAACCAUCUCAACUCCGCUUCUUAUCCCCCAGCGUUCUCAACAAUGCCACCAGACCAACAGACUAUCAACGGUCUUCCAAUGCUCCAACCUCUCGCGGAACAAGGAGAACCUGGAUUACCUGGUAACGACAUGUACGGCAACAUGGGUAUUUCUACAGGUGCACCCAUGAUAGAUACCAAGUUUGACGGGGAGCAGAUAUUUGCCUCUCCGGUGGAUAACGGGAACUACAUGUACCCUGCAAAUCAGGAGACUAUGGAAUAUAGCAUGAGCGGUGAAGGGAUGGGCUAUUCGCUCAUGACCACACCGAUGGACGGGUCAACGGCUGUACACGGUGGAUACAUGCCGAACCCACAAUAUAACCAUGAACAUCAGUGA